GGGGCCUGGCUCGGUGAGCGCGGCCGCGGGGUCGGGCCCGGGCGGGGGCUCCCUGUGGAGCCGGGGAGGGGACGCGGCCGCGGCGCGGGUCCUGCCGGCGGGCUGCGGUGAGAGAAGUGCCAAGUAGGCACUCAAAGCCUAAAAGCCCCGCGUUGAGAGCAUGUGGUGGAAAUACAGGCCAGGGAGUCUGAAAUAAGGCUUAAAACGCUUCUGUCGGUAUGGUAGUUCUCCUUCAUCCUCUUCAUCUUUGAAAUCAGUGGCGGAUAGAAAAACAGCUGUCACAUAGGAAGAGCUCGUGGAUUAAGGGUUUGCAGUAAUGGAACACCUGCAGGAUCCAGUUAUGCAAGAAGAUGCAAAUAUUAAAGCUAUUAAUGAAGAGUACAGGAGAGCCUUUAUUUUUAUCAAUAAAGGACUGAAUACAGAUGAACUGGGUAAGAAGGAAGAGGCAAGACAUUAUUAUAAGCAAGGGCUUGAGCACUUGCUCCGAGGAGUUAGCAUUCCGUCGCAGGGUCCUGCAUGUGUAGGGUCCCAGUGGGAGUCUGCUAGGCAAAUGCAACAGAAGAUGAGGGAGACCCUCCGAAACGUUCGUGCUCGACUCGGCAUUCUAGAACAAAACACGCCACCUGCACAAGCAAGUCCUGCUGUGAUGGAUGCCCCUGCUGGGGUGCCCAAGUUGUACCCACCCAUUCCUUCCAAAGAAAAGCCAGAAAGACCCCCUGCCCCUAAUUCUCUCUUUGUACCAAGUCAGCCACCUGCAGCAGAUGGAAGUGUUGCAACUGUGAGCCAGGGGCAGAUUCCAGCUAUGAGUCCAUCAUCUGCAAAACCGCUUUGUCUGCCAAAUGAAGCACCUCCUGCCUAUACUCCUCAAGCUACCAAUGGCCAUUUUACUGUGUCUUAUGGCACAGACUCUGGGGAGUUUUCUUCUGUAGGUGAGGACUACUACAGUAAGUGUACUCAGCCACCUCCCCUUGAAAACCUGGGAGUGGAUGCAGAUGAGCUGAUCCUGAUUCCCCAAGGAGUACAAAUAUUCUUUGUGACUCCUGAUGGGCAGGUUAGUGCUCCUUCAUAUCCUGGAUAUCUACGCAUUGUGAAGUUCUUGGAUACAGAUAGUGAGAUGGUCCAGAGUCGUCCACCUGCAUUUCUUCAGGUUUGUGACUGGCUGUAUCCUCUAAUGUGUAACCAGUCUCCUGUUCUGUGCUGCAAUACUGGAGUCUACAUGUUCCCUGACACGAUGUCCCAGAUACCAGGGUCCUAUGUGGGAGUAGUGCUGUCUUCAGAACUUCCAGCAGCGGACAGAGAGCUGUUUGAGGAUCUCUUAAAACAGAUGUCUGACCUUCGAAUCCAGUUCCCUGAUACGAUGUCACAGGUGCCAGGAUCCCAUGAGAGAGUAGGGUUAUCUUCAGAGCUCCCAGCAACUGAGAGAGUGCAUUUUGAAGAUAAAUUUAAACAGAUGUCUGGCCACAAAGUCCAGCCUUCAGAAGCCUCUAGUGAUGCAGUUAACUUGCCGCAGACUGUACAUAUCCAACCACAACCUGAAGGAACGGAAAAUCAGAAAGAGUUGCCAGAAUGGAGUGAGAAAGUUGCCCAUGGAAUCUUGUCAGGUGCAUCUUGGGUAAGCUGGGGCCUAAUAAAAGGAGCAGAAUAUACUGGUAAAGCUAUCCACAAAGGAGCUUCUAAACUGCGAGAACACAUUCAACCAGAAGAAAAACCUCUGGAAGUCAACCCAACUGUAGCAAAGGGACUUCAUGUAGCAAAACAGGCUACUGGAGGAGCUGUGAAAGUCAGCCAAUUCUUAGUUGAGGGAGUGUGUUCUAUAGCAAGCUGUGUUGGAAAGGAGCUGGCUCCGCAUGUGAAGAAGCAUGGCAGCAAAUUAGUUCCAGAAUCCCUUAAGAAAGAUAAAGAUGGCAAAUCCACUUUUGACGGUGCUCUGGUGGUAGCAGCAAGUGGAGUUCAAGGGUUUUCAACAGUGUGGCAAGGUUUAGAAAGCGCAGCGAAGUGCAUUGCUAAAAGUGUUUCAACUGAGACUGUAAAAACUGUCAAAUACAAAUAUAAAAAUAGGAAAUAUGGAGAUCAGCAGUCAACAGCCACUGAGAGUGAAAAACAAUAAGUAAUUAAAUGUUGCAGUUAAUUACAAUACAAUUGAAAAUAUUUGAUACGUGAUCUUUAAAAUCUAUCUAUAUAAAUGUAUUAAAAUUCUACAUAAUAUCUCUUUUGGAAGCUGGUUUUUGCUUCUGUGAUAAAGAUUUCUGCCACUCAGAAUACUUCAGUGAAUGAGCUAAAUUCCACUUAAUGGAAACAAAGCGAAAGGAGCAUCAUCACAGUGUCUCUAAAUUAAGAAAAAGCUCAGCUAAAAUUUAGCUGCAAUACCUUUGCGGAUGGAAUUACAGAGAGAUGCUCAUCAUAUGUGCAUGUUGAUCAGAAUUGGGGGAAAACGUAGCUUCAGAAGUAACAUUUUUGCCAAAUUACCAUGCUACUACCUUGGUGGUUUUUUUUACAAUGAUUUUAAUAACUGCAAUAUCUACAUCUGCCCAACUUUUUUCUUAAAAAAAAAAAAAAGUUACAAAUGAUGCAAUUGGGACAGGCAAACUGAAAAAUCAGUUAUCAAAUAUUAAGAAAUUGUUAGUCUAACUGUAUUGGAUAAGCUAUAGUCUUACUUUUAAAUGAGGUUACCUAUUUUAGUGAUGCUAUAUAAAACUGGCUUAUGGUGUUUUCUGAGGUGAAAAUAACUAAUCAUAUUGACAAAUACUGCACUUUUGCUGUGAGAUUAAUUCUGUGAUCUGCAAAUCCAAUGUUGGUGAUUCAAGGCUGUUGCUCUAUCAGAGAAUUAAAACAAAAAAAGCACUAAUUCUUUUUAUUUGGUUUCACUGUUGGUUCCAGCCAUUAUGCCGUGGCUGCUGUACUGAUAAUGCGAUAGAUUUUUGGAUUCUCUGAUAUUAUGUGCUUCUCUCUAGCCUUAUUUCGAGGUCCUCAAAGAAUCUCUGGUUGUAAGAAGCACAGGGAAAAACUAACUGUACUAACUGCUGGGAUUCUGAUGCUGCCAGAAAUACUUCCCUUUGGCCUGGUUUGUCUGACUACAGUGCUCUCUGGGGAAAUGUCUGGCUGCCCAGAACAGUUGGAGUUGCUGCUCUCACUAUACUCUUGUCCUCCUUCAGUAUGCUCCCUCUACUGGUGUAGAUGUGUACCUUUCUUUACAGUUGAGUAAUUAAUGUAAGACUGCUGACUUGCCACCUAUAGCAUAAAGAAGCCCGACCCACAGCCCAGUGGAGAGACCAGAGGUUUUAUCUCUUGGUAAUUUCCAUCAUAUCCUCAAGAUAGCUUCGUUGAGCCUUUUGGGGUUUUGUAUGACUUCUCUUUUUUUUCUUCCCCUUCUUCCCCUUUGCCACUGUUUUGAUUCCAGGUUACUUCAUAUAAGUUUUCACUGCACAAUGGAACUUUUUUGUAGGGACCUUGCUACCUCCAAUAUAUGAUCAUAGCUGUGUCAGCAAUUCUUUGUACCCAGGAGACCUGUUAGACUGUCUGGGUUAAUUUGUUUGAGCGCCAUGGUGCCCUACCUCAGAGAGUCUACUUUUGGGACUUUGAACUAACAUGCCAAUGUGUUGCUGUUUAUACCAGAUGUAGUAUCAUAUUAUGCCAUGCAGACACAGGCAAAGGUGAUAUAGGACAAGUACUAACCAAGCACCAUUCUGGCAGUGGUGGUACCAACUGAGACAAAAUAUGCCUGAGGUGAUUCCAGUCCCUUUUUCUGUAACAGGUGAGAAGGCAGGACAGUGUUUGCCCUCCCUCCUCCUCAGUGCUGCCACCCAUGGUACAUACUGAGAAGGUUUAGCAGCUGCAAGGGUCUGGCUGUGAGGACUUACAUGGGGAUAUAGAGGGUAUCAGGAAUUUUACCUAAGAACUUAUGUGAAAAAGUACUUUAUUGCAGUUAUUAUUAUUGCACACAACUUCGGUUAUUUGCACACAACUUCCUCCCUCCUCUGGCUGCUCUUAUGGUUCAAUAGAUAAGCCUUCUACUCUUCAAAACUAGAGAGGAAGGAGGGAGAAAGACUGAAAGUUUUUUUGAGGAAAAAGGGCAGAAGCAUAUUGGUGUCUUCAAAGAGUAACCUGUCUGAUAGAGGAGCAGCCCUUAUGCAAAUAGUUUGGUAAUUCCUAAUUUUAUUCUUUAGGCACUCAGGCUGUGUGCUUAUUAUUUGUUCUUGGUAAUGCUUAAAUUUUUGCUUUCAGAAGAAUUCCAGUGAAUAUUAAAAUACUAACUAUACAUAUCUACAAAACUGCUAUCUUU